GGGCGCUUCCGCGUUCCUUCUGCGCCUGUGCGUUCUGCUCUCUGGCCGUCUUCUCCAAAGUUGGGCCAGUGUCGCGGGUCCUCUUGGCGCUCUGGUAGCAUCUCUGACAUGGAGGGACUGCUCUCCUUCAGGGAUGUGGCCAUUGAUUUCUCUGCAGAGGAGUGUGAAUGCCUGGACCUUGCUCAGUGGAAUCUGUACAGGGAUGUGAUGCUGGAGAAUUACAGCAACCUUGUGUUCCUGGGUCUAGCUUUUUCUAAGCCAUAUUUGGUGACAUUUCUCGAGCAAAGAAAAGAGCCGUGGAAUGUGAAGGGACCAGCACCAGCUGCUGUAUACCCAGAAAUAAAACCUUAUAAAUUUAAAGAAUGUGGCAAGACCUUUCCUUGGAAUUCACUUCUUAUUCAACACCAUAAAACCCACCCUGGAGAAAAACUUUACAAAUGUGGUGAAUGUGGCAAGGCCUUUAAUGUUCGCUCAACACUUUACAAACACCAUAGAAUUCAUACUGGAGAGAAACCCUACAAAUGCAAAGAAUGCGGCAAAGGUUUUACAUGUUCUUCAAGCCUUAACCAACACCACAGAAUCCAUACUGGAGAGAAACCCUACAAAUGUCAAUGUGGCAAAGCCUUCAAUAAUUCUUCAGCUCUCACUCAGCACCAAAGAAUUCAUACUGGAGAAAGACCAUACAAGUGUGAAGAAUGUGGCAAAGCCUUUAAUAAUUGCUCAGCCCGUACGCGACACCAAAGAAUUCAUACUGGAGAGAGACCCUACAGAUGUGCAGCUUGUGGCAAGACCUUCAAUUUUCCCACAUCACUUUCUCAACAUCAGAGAAUUCAUACUGGAGAGAAACCCUACAAAUGUGAAGAAUGUGGCAAAGCCUUUAACUGUUCUUCACAUCUUAAACAGCACCGGAUUAUUCAUACUGGAAAGAAACCCUACAAAUGUAAAGAAUGUGACAAAGCUUUUAACUGUUCUUCAAGUCUUAACCAACACCGUAGAAUUCACACUGGUGAGAAACGAUACAUAUGUGAGGAAUGCGGCAAAGCCUUUAAUAAUUGUUCAGCUCUUACUCAACACCAAAGAAUCCAUAGUGGAGAGAAACCCUUCAAGUGUGAGGAAUGUGGCAAAGCCUUUUAUAAUUGCUCGGCCCUCUCUCGACACCACAAGAUUCAUACUGGAGAAAAACCCUUCAAAUGUGCAGAUUGUGGCAAAGCUUUUAUUUUUCGCUCAUCACUUUCUCAGCACCAGAGAAUUCACACUGGAGAGAAACCCUACAAAUGCAAAGAAUGUGGGAAAGCCUUUAACUGUUCUUCACACCUUAACCAACAUGGAAGAAUUCACAGUGGAGAGAAACCUUAUAAAUGUGAAGAGUGUGGCCAGACGUUUAUCUGUUCAUCAUACCUACAUAAGCAUCAGAAGAUUCAUACUAUUGAGAAACUUUAUGAAUGCAAAGAAUGUGGUAAAGCCUUUAGCUGUUCUUCAUACCUUAAAUAUCACCAGAGAUUUCAUACUGGGGGGAAAUCUUACACAUGCAAAGAAUGUGACAAAACCUUUAGGUCCUCUUCAUACCUUAGGAAUCAUCAGAGAUUUCAUACUGGAGAGAAACCCUACACAUGCAAAGACUGUGGCAAAGCCUUUGUUAAUUCUUCAAGCCUUCUUGUACACCAAAGAAUUCAUACUGGAGAGAAACCAUACAAGUGCAAAGAAUGUGGCAAGGCCUUUAGGUGUUCUUCUUAUUUUAAGUAUCAUCAGAGACUUCAUACUGGAGAGAAACCCUAUACAUGCAAAGAAUGUGGCAAAGCCUUUGCUAAAUCUUCAUGUCUUAUUCUACACCAAAGAAUUCAUACUGGGGAAAAACCCUACAAAUGUGCAGAGUGUGGCCAGGCCUUUAUCUGUUCCUCAUACCUGAGGAAGCAUCAGAGAAUCCAUACUGGUGAGAAACCUUAUACAUGUGAAGAAUGUGGCAAAGCUUUUAGUAUUUACUCAACCUUCAUUCAACACCAGAGAAUUCAUACUGGAGAAAAACCUUACAAAUGCAAGGAAUGUGACAAAGCAUUUAAUAAUCAUUCAGCCCUUAUAAAGCAUCAAAGAAUUCAUACAGGAGAGAAGCCCUACACAUGUAAAGAAUGUAAUAAAGCCUUUAAUAAUAGCUCAAGCCUUAUUCGACAUCAACGAAUUCAUACUGGAAUUGAAACCCUAGAAGUUCAAGGAAUGUGGCAAGGCCUUUAAUAAUAGUUCAACUCUUAGCCCCCCAAACUCACAGUGGGGCAUGGAGUUCCAAAGAGAAGAGUGAAGACACAAGAAAGAGAAUAUGCUAAGAACAUCUAAGAGCCAAGGCUUUGAUGCCACUGGAGGACAGGUACCUGCUGAACUUCAAGAAAGCCAUUAGUAAAAGCUUUAUCCAGAAGACAGCCUAUUUGUAGGAUGUGUCCUUAAGAAGAAAAUCUGUGCUGCCCAAGCAAACAAUUUUAGGUAAGGAAGCCCCUUGCAAGAACUCAUGACACAUCUCUGCAUGUACCAUUCAUUAUAUUGUUUGGUAUUGCUGUCAUCUUAUAAAUGUGAAUAAGCCAUGCAUCAUGACACUUAUUUUACAAGGUACUCAGAAAAGGAGAUCACACUUUAUAGACUUCCUGGCUUUUGUGGUUUAUUGAGUCGUUCUUUUUACAGUGAUGUAUGUUUAUAAUAACAACCCUAAUAAUUUAAAAUUUCACUGUAGACUUCAGUUUUCAACUUAGGCAGGUGAAAGAGAAUUAAUGUUACUAUAAGAAGUUCCAAGAGAAUUAAUUACUAUAAGAAGCUCCUGAGACAAUCAAUUAAUAAAAAAAGUGGGGAGAUAGCUGGCAGUUUCAGAAUUUCCAGUUUAUGUUCAGCUGGUCCCAUUGCUUUGUAGCCUGUGGGGAGGUACCCUACUAUGGUGGAAAUGGAUCUCAUUGAAACUACUUACCACAUGGCCAUGGAGGAAAGAGGGUUUAAUUUACCUAUAUGCUUUAAGGAUAUAGUCUCCAAAACCUAGAGCUCCCUCUGUGUCCAUUUAAGGUUUUCAUAAUCUCACAAUAUUGCCAUGGUGAAGCCUAGGCAUUUAUUACACAGAUGUUUGCUGGUACUGUGGUCCAAGGUAUAGAAAUCACAUAAUAAUAAGCGGAAAGAACCUGGGCAAAAUAUAAAUCAGUGCCUUCCUAUAAUUAUUAGGAGACUGAACACAUGGGGCAAACCAUGUUGAACUUAGAGGAAGACAUUUUCAGGGUCUGAUAGGAACUGAGCACUUGCCUCCUGGGAAGUUGCUGUCAUAUAUCUUACAAGUGGGGCUGAAGAUUCAGCCACAACAUGUUUGAUUAUAAUCUCCCUAUCACUCUCCAACCCAUUCACUCUCUCUGUUCUACUCUCCAUUUCUUGAGUCCCAUCUAAGUGACAUCAUGUAGUAUUUUAUCUUUUUUUGUGUCGAAGACAUAAAAGGGGGGGCAUGGUUUUCAUUCUCUAGGUUCAUCCAUAUGUUUUAUGACUUUUCCUGAAGCAAAUGCAAACAAAUAUCUAUUCACCACAGAAAGGGCACUAUUAUAAGGCCAAAGAAAAGAUUCCAUCAAAGCCACGCGUGUUGAGUCAGUGGAUUUGUGGGCCUACUUGUAGAAGCAUGGCUGACUUGAAGGCAGCCGCAUCACUGAGAAGCCCACCCUAGCAUGGGUCACAAAACCCUGGUACUCUCUGCCCAGCUUGCCGGCAACCUCCUCCACAGAGAUUUCGGUCACCCAACAACUGUUCAGUGCUUUUGUUACCGUGGGGCCUCUGUGAAAUUCAUAACUUUAGGAGCUUUCCGAGUCAUCUGAGCUUCACUUUCUAAGAACUGUGAACCUCUGACCGCUCUCCAGGAGGGAGUGUUUCACUUCAGUUCAGACGAAAUAGUAACACAACACAAGGUAACAGUGUGUUCCCAAAUCUGUCUGUCUGUCUGU